AUGAUCAACGGUACCUCAGCGUCGACACCCGCUGCCAAAGCGACUUCGGCAGUCUCAGGCAUCGCGCAUAAUUCCUCCUCCAUCUCCGCUACCUCCAUCUCCGUCGCUUCCAACACCACCGCCUCCGCCGCCUCCUCCAUCGCACCUUCCUCCACCACUUCCGCCGACUGCACAUUCUGCACCGUCCCACCAGGCUACACCGCCGAAGACUGGCCCGCACCGUUGCACGUUGCCGACCAAUUCCCACCCCGCUGGCGCGACGCGCACCGCAAAGCUCGCACCUUCCUCGCCGGUUGGAGCGUGCAGGAGAAGGUCGAUAUCGUCACUGGCGCAGGAUGGAUGCAAGGCCGCUGCGUUGGCAACACCAAGCCCAUCCCCGCGCGCAACUGGACCGGCCUCUGUCUCCAAGACUCGCCGCUCGGCGUGCGCUUCGCCGACUAUGUCUCGGCCUUCCCAGCCGGCAUUAACGCCGCUGCGACCUUCGACAAAAGACUCUUGCGCGAUCGCGGAUACGCCAUGGGCCAGGAGUUCAAAGGCAAAGGCAUCAACGUCGCCCUCGGACCCAUGACGAACAUGGGCCGCGUCGCGGCCGGCGGCAGGAACUGGGAGGGCUUCGGCGCCGAUCCGUACCUCUCCGGCAUUGCGACAUACGAGACCAUUAUCGGAAUGCAGAAAGCCGGCGUUCAGGCGACCACGAAGCACUACAUUGCCAACGAGCAGGAGCGGAAUCGCACGACGAGCAGCUCGAACAUCGACGACCGGACGAUGCGCGAGAUCUACGCGCACCCCUUCCUGCGUGCGGUGCAGGCACACUCGGCCGCGUUUAUGUGCAGCUACAACCUGGUGAACGGGAGCUGGGCGAGCCAGAACUCGAAGAUGAUUAACGGCAUUCUCAAGACCGACUGGGGAUAUGGGGGGUACAUCAUGUCUGAUUGGGACGCGACGCAUUCUGGCGUUCACGGUGUACUGUCAGGACUUGACAUGGACAUGCCGGGUGACAUUGGGAUGAAUGGCGGGCUCACGAGCUACUUCGGGCCAAACCUUACGGAGGCCGUGCGCAACGGCAGCGUCAGCGUUGAUCGCCUCGACGACAUGGCGCAGCGCAUUGUCGCGGCGUGGUAUCUUGUCGGGCAGGAUAAGGGGUACCCUGACGUCAACUUUGACUCGUGGAAAGGCCAGAACGAGCACGUCGACGUUCAAGACGACCACUACAAGCUUAUCCGGCUUAUGGGCGCUGCUUCCACCGUGCUGUUGAAGAAUACGGACGGGGCGCUCCCGCUCAAGAAGCCGCGCUCGAUUGCGCUCAUUGGCGAGGACAUGGGUCCAGCUCCUAACGGGCCUAACGGCUUCCCCGACCGGGGCGGGAUUUCCGGUACCUUCGCCAUGGGUUGGGGAUCCGGCACUACGAACUUCCCCUACCUGGUCGACCCGCUACAGGCCAUCUCGUUCCGUGCGCAGCAGGAUCGCUCGACACUCAACUGGCACCUAAACAACUGGGACCUCGCUGGCGCCGCCAAGGUUGCGUCGGGGGCUGAUGUCGCGCUCGUCGGCGUGAACUCUGUUUCGGGGGAGCAGUACAUCACUGUCAACGGAAAUAUUGGGGAUCGCAACAACUUGUCGGCCUGGCACAACGGAGAUGCGCUCAUUCGGGCCGUGGCGGCGCGUAACAACAACACGGUCGUUGUCGUGCACUCCGUUGGACCCAUGAGUAUGGACUGGGUCGAUCAUGAGAACAUUACUGCCGUGCUAUGGGCCGGCCUGCCAGGGCAGGAGAGUGGUAAUGCCCUCGUGGACAUUCUGUGGGGUGCCUACAACCCCUCCGGCCGUCUGCCGUAUACUAUCGCCGCAAAGUACACCGACUACUCCGCUGCCAUCGAGUACGUGAACACCAACAAGCCGCCGCAGACGAAUGUCAACUACACCGAGGGCUUGUUUGUGGACUACCGUCAUUUUCUGAAGGAGGAUAUCACGCCACUGUUCGGCUUCGGCUUCGGGCUGAGCUACACCUCAUUCGCCAUCUCGAAUGUUCAAGUGAUGGACCGGCGCAAACGCGUGGUGGAGGACGACGGCGAGUCCGAGAAGCCCGUCAAAAUUGGCCGCCUUAUGACCCGAGCCCUCCACCGCAAGCGCUGGACGGUGCGCGCCGACGUCACGAACACAGGCGGGAUCAAUGGGUGCGAAGUGCCACAGCUGUACCUCGUUUAUCCCCCUGAGGCCGGGGAGCCGCCGCGCGUGCUCCGCGACUUUGUUCGCGUGAACCUCGACCCCGGGGAGACGACGACCGUCGAGUUUGCGCUGAGCCGGUACGAUGUGUCGAUCUGGGACGUUGAGCGACAGGAGUAUGUUGUGCCGGACGGAGAGUACGGCGUGCUCGUCGCGAAGCACGCUUUUGAGGAGGAGGCGGCGAUGGGGACCUUCUGUCCUGGAAGGUGUUGA